CAUGAUUUAAAACUUUCCAUCUGGAUUUCUAUGCUUCUUAUUUUGUUAUCUAUGUCCCAUCACGAACUGUCACCCAGUUCAGCUGUCAAAUCGGAAUUUGUUGACGAAAGUCGAAAGCGGAGUGAACGUAACUAUUAAUUGGAGGAAUAAUUGGACAAUGUUUAUUCAGUUUCUACAUUAAAAUUUACAUGUAAUUUCUUAGCGACUCAACUCCAUGAUUUGAAGUAUAGUUACUGACUUCCGAGUAACAUAAUUUGUAAGAAACAGUAGUGCAGUUUAACUUUCGAAAAUGUCCUUCCUUCGGGGCUCUGAGAACUACGUUUGGUGCACAACGAGCGUACUGGGCAAGGGCGCAACGGGCGCCGUGUUCCAGGGAGUCAACAAGAAUAACGGCGAGCCCGUGGCGGUGAAAACAUUUAACCAACUGAGUCAUAUGAGGCCCCACGAUGUGCAGAUGCGGGAGUUUGAAGUGCUGAAGAAAGUGAAACAUGAGAAUAUUGUGAAGUUACUUGCUAUUGAGGAGGAGCAGGAGGGCCGCGGAAAGGUUAUUGUUAUGGAGCUGUGCACGGGCGGCAGCCUGUUCAACAUCCUCGACGACCCAGAGAACACCUACGGCUUACAAGAACACGAGUUCCUGCUUGUCUUGGAGCACCUAACAGCCGGCAUGAAACAUUUACGAGACAACAACCUAGUGCACAGAGAUUUGAAGCCUGGAAACAUUAUGAAGUUUAUCAAUGAGGAUGGCACUACUACAUACAAGCUUACAGACUUUGGGGCAGCUAGAGAAUUACAAGAGGAAGAACAGUUUGUAUCUCUUUAUGGUACUGAAGAAUACUUACAUCCAGAUAUGUAUGAGAGAGCAGUGCUUCGGAAGCCUGUCGGGAAGAGCUUCGGGGCCACAGUGGACUUGUGGUCCAUCGGGGUGACGUUGUACCACGUGGCCACCGGCCAGCUGCCUUUCAGACCUUAUGGGGGCCGGAGAAAUAAAGAAACCAUGUUUUAUAUCACUACUAAGAAGGCUUCUGGAGUUAUAGCUGGCACACAAACAACAGAAAAUGGUCCUAUAGAGUGGGCCAGAGAGCUCCCGCCCCACUGCCAACUGAGCAAUGGUCUCCGCAAGCUGGUGACGCCGCUACUUGCUGGGUUGCUGGAAGUGGAUCCGCACAGGAUCUGGACAUUUGAGCGGUUCUUCUCUGAGGUGCAGGCCGCCACCUCCACCACUGCUGUACAUGUGUUCCACGUCAACAAGGCUUGCAGUGUUAAGGUGUUCAUGAAGCCCGAGGACCGUUUCGAGCAGCUCCAGACCGCGCUCCUCGAGCAGUGCGGAGUCGUGGCCGAGUCCCAAGUCCUGCUCUACGCAGACCGCUUACUGCUCAGCGAGGUGGACGAGAACACCCCCGGACGGAGUUACCCCGCCACCACGGCCACUGAGCCGCUGCUGCUGUUCAAUAAGAGCUCGACUAGUGUGAGCUUAGCGCCCGAGCCUGAUGCGCCCAAGUUUCCCGUGUUUCCUAAUAUUGUGUCGGUGGAGAAUGACGCUAGUCAAGCUAAGACGGCGUGCAGCGUUGGCCACGUGAUCAAGCGGCGCGUGGAGGCGCUGGCCGCCGCCUCCCAGCUGUGCGGCGCCGCCGUGGCGCGCUGGGGAGCCCUGCUCGGCGCCCGCCUGGCCGCUGCGGCGCAACGGACUGACGCACUCGCGGCGCAUGCGCAAAGGCUACAUGAUGCCGCGAGAGCGCUCGAUCUACUGACUCAGGUGAACAAGCACCACGGCGGCGCGGAGUCCGAGCCGGAAUGGUCCUCCAUGGCGGGUCUGCUGGCGCGCGAGGGCGGCGCGCUGCGGGCCGCCGCCGCAGCCCUCGCCACCAGACACGGCGGCGCCGGCGCCCCGGCCUGCGCGCCGAGUGGGCCGCCGCCGCGCGCCAGGCGCCCUGCGUGCACGACCAGAGGCUGCACACCCGCGCCAAGACGCUCGUGGAGCGGUGAGUGUCUCCUGCACUACAGCAGCCCCGGCCACCAGACACGGCGGCGCCGGCGCGCCCGGCCUGCGCGCCGAGUGGGCCGCCGCCGCGCGCCAGGCGCCCUGCGUGCACGACCAGAGGCUGCACACCCGCGCCAAGACGCUCGUGGAGCGGUGAGUGUCUCCUGCACUACAGCAGCCCCGGCCACCAGACACGGCGGCGCCGGCGCGCCCGGCCUGCGCGCCGAGUGGGCCGCCGCCGCGCGCCAGGCGCCCUGCGUGCACGACCAGAGGCUGCACACCCGCGCCAAGACGCUCGUGGAGCGACACGGCGGCGCCGGCGCGCCCGGCCUGCGCGCCGAGUGGGCCGCCGCCGCGCGCCAGGCGCCCUGCGUGCACGACCAGAGGCUGCACACCCGCGCCAAGACGCUCGUGGAGCGACACGGCGGCGCCGGCGCGCCCGGCCUGCGCGCCGAGUGGGCCGCCGCCGCGCGCCAGGCGCCCUGCGUGCACGACCAGAGGCUGCACACCCGCGCCAAGACGCUCGUGGAGCGACACGGCGGCGCCGGCGCGCCCGGCCUGCGCGCCGAGUGGGCCGCCGCCGCGCGCCAGGCGCCCUGCGUGCACGACCAGAGGCUGCACACCCGCGCCAAGACGCUCGUGGAGCGACACGGCGGCGCCGGCGCGCCCGGCCUGCGCGCCGAGUGGGCCGCCGCCGCGCGCCAGGCGCCCUGCGUGCACGACCAGAGGCUGCACACCCGCGCCAAGACGCUCGUGGAGCGACACGGCGGCGCCGGCGCGCCCGGCCUGCGCGCCGAGUGGGCCGCCGCCGCGCGCCAGGCGCCCUGCGUGCACGACCAGAGGCUGCACACCCGCGCCAAGACGCUCGUGGAGCGACACGGCGGCGCCGGCGCGCCCGGCCUGCGCGCCGAGUGGGCCGCCGCCGCGCGCCAGGCGCCCUGCGUGCACGACCAGAGGCUGCACACCCGCGCCAAGACGCUCGUGGAGCGACACGGCGGCGCCGGCGCGCCCGGCCUGCGCGCCGAGUGGGCCGCCGCCGCGCGCCAGGCGCCCUGCGUGCACGACCAGAGGCUGCACACCCGCGCCAAGACGCUCGUGGAGCGGUCUCCUGCACUACAGCAGCCCCGGCCACCAGACACGGCGGCGCCGGCGCGCCCGGCCUGCGCGCCGAGUGGGCCGCCGCCGCGCGCCAGGCGCCCUGCGUGCACGACCAGAGGCUGCACACCCGCGCCAAGACGCUCGUGGAGCGGUGAGUGUCUCCUGCACUACAGCAGCCCCGGCCACCAGACACGGCGGCGCCGGCGCGCCCGGCCUGCGCGCCGAGUGGGCCGCCGCCGCGCGCCAGGCGCCCUGCGUGCACGACCAGAGGCUGCACACCCGCGCCAAGACGCUCGUGGAGCGGUGAGUGUCUCCUGCACUACAGCAGCCCCGGCCACCAGACACGGCGGCGCCGGCGCGCCCGGCCUGCGCGCCGAGUGGGCCGCCGCCGCGCGCCAGGCGCCCUGCGUGCACGACCAGAGGCUGCACACCCGCGCCAAGACGCUCGUGGAGCGAUUGCGUGAAUCCUGGCAACACCUAGUGCGCGACCGAGCCACGCGCGCGCUCACCUACAACGACGAGCAGUUCCACGUGCUGGAGAGGAUCACCGUGGCCGAGGCGGGGCGCCGCGUGCGCGCCUUGCUGCAGAGGGCGGCACCCAUGGCCAGGGCGCGGGCUGAUGCACUGCACGACUGGUACCAAGUGGCUCAAACUGUGUGGCUCCAGACGUGCAUCUUGGACAAGGACGCGAGCGGCGCGGAGCUCAAACUGUUGGCGUUGGCUGCCAGACUACAGGACGCCGAGUUACGGGCCCGCGUACAGCUGCAAGACCAUUUGAACACGAAAGUAGCGGACCCGCCCGCCGACAAGGCCAAAGAAGCGGCGCGCGGCCGAGGCGGCGGCGGCGGCGUGUCGGCCGCGGGCGCCGGCGUGCGCGCGCUGCUCCACGCGCACGACGACCUCGCCGCCGCCGCCGCCAACAACGCCGCUCUCGUCGCCAGGCUCGCCGCGCUGGCGGCCGAGCUGCAGCCUUAGCACUGGCGCUCUACCGCCCGCUGUCGAGUGCCGAGUGCUGAUAAACACGCGGGACGCGAUCGGGUCGACUUCAGUGUACAACGAUACGGGAGUGAUGCGCUCGGUGCCGAUAAACAUAAGGGACGCUGUCGGGACCGGUGUAGUGUAGUGCGAAUUAGUGGCGAGUGUCGUAGCGACGACGAUAUGGGACUCUGUCGCGUGCCUAGUGGUGAUAAAUAUACGGAAUGCUGUCGGGACGAGUGUGGUGUGGUAUUCCUUAGUCGUCAGUGUCAUGGUGAUAAAGAUACGGGACACUAUCGGAACACGUUAAGUGUAGAAAAAAGUGAAUGUAAAGACAAUGAAGGAAAUAGUGUGCAAUAUGGAAACUGUAAUGAAAAACAGUUUAAUGGCGAUAAAGAUACGGUACGCUAUGUCAAUGGAAGCAAACGUAGUGUAGAACAAAGUGAAAAAGGUUUUGAAUAUAAAGUUGAAGAUAGAGAAGGAAACAGUGUGCAAUCCGCCAACAAUCUCGACUCUGUUGAGCGAUGCAGUGAAAAAUAUAACAGCCCGGGAGACAAUGAAUGUUGCGACAGGGAGUGUAAUGGAAAUUGUGAUGAACUUCAGUGUCAACACUGUAAAAAAGGAGCUUAUAAACGUGAGGACCCUGAAUGUGCAGUAGAUAAUUCAAAACUCUCUGAAUGUAAUGGAAACUGUGUUGAUAGUGAAACAGAGGACAGUGAAAGUGAAACUGCAGACAGUUUGAGUGACAGUGAGAGCCCGUCGGUGACGUCCGGUGUCGGGACGGUGAUCCACGGGUCGGUGAGCUCCAGAGAUGUGACCUCGCUGGACGAGGAGGUCAAGGAGAAGAGCCGGAAGACGGCUUGUGUUGUUACAUAAGUAGUUCCAAAUUUAGAGCUCACUUAGUACUUAAAAAUAUUAAUAAUUCAAAACGAUAGUUCAUAAAAUAUUUUUUAAACUACUACCCAGGAAGCAUUUGAUUGAAUUUAGCAAGAGGUUAGAGGCUAUUUCGAAAUUAAACUUGAGUGAAUUGUAAUUUAGGUCAUAAAAUAAGCUAAAGAUCUCUCUAAACCUUCCAAAUAGUUCCAAGAAGUUAAAACUUCCAUUUAUAAUGUUUUUGAACUGAGUAUGGAUCUCAAUGGAGUA